AUGGCCUCUCUCGAUGAGAGAAUAGCCGAAGCUGAGAAGGUGUUGGCUUCUCUUAAAGAUGAGAAGGCUAUAGGUGAAGCCAAGACCCAGACGAUAGACCCUUAUAAUGUUCAGGGAGAGGUUGAUGCGGAAGGAAAUGUGAAGGCAAUCGACUAUGACCGAUUAAUCGAGCAAUUUGGCGUACAACCGCUGACCGAGGAACACCUGAAGCGCUUCGAGAAGGUCACUGGAAAGCCGGCACACCGAUUAAUGCGGAGGAAACUGUUCUUCUCACACCGCGACUUCGACAACAUCCUCAACGUAUACGAGAAAUAUGGCACAUUCAUGCUGUAUACCGGUCGAGGACCUUCGAGCGGAAGCCUGCAUUUGGGACAUACGAUACCCAUGCUGUUCACCAAGGAGCUGCAGGAUAUUUUCGACGUGCCGCUUGUGAUUAUGAUAACCGAUGACGAGAAGUUUCUGCACACGCGCAACAAGAACAAGAGCGACAAGUCGGAGCCGGAAGACUUCCUGGAGUAUGCAUAUGGCAACAUCAAGGAUAUCAUAGCUCUCGGGUUUGACAUGAAGAAGACCUUUAUUUAUACCGACUAUGAGUACAUCAGUGGCCAUUUCCUCCUCAACACCUCCGAAUUCGAGAGCUUAAUCACAAACAACCAAGUCAGAGGCGCAUUCGGAUUCGAUGGAAGCACGAACGUUGGCCUCAACAGCUAUGGUGCUAGACAAUGUGUGGCUGCCUUUCCUUCUUCAUAUCCGGAGUUGUUCGGCAAGAGCGACUUCAGAGGUUUCGUAGGCGGGCAGGUGCAGCCAAAGCCUCUCCGUAGAUACAAGGAUCUCGCGAAAAUACCGACACUCAUUCCCUGCGCUAUUGACCAGGAGCCGUAUUUCCGAAUCUUGCGGGAGAACUGCGAUCGAAUGAAGAACAAGCAUCCUAAGACUUGCCUUAUUCUGUCUAAAUUCCUGACGGCGCUGCAAGGACCAGGCGGUAAGAUGUCGGCGUCGAACCCAAAUUCUGCGAUUUUUAUGUCAGACACACCGAACCAGAUCAAGAACAAGAUCAAUAAGCAUGCGUUUUCGGGUGGCAGGGAAACCAUCGAGGAGCACAGAGAAAAGGGUGGCAACCCUGAUGUGGACGUUGCCUUCACGUACCUCUCCUAUUUCUUGGAGAGUGACGAGGAGCUACAGUCGCUUAGUGACGGCUACAGGAAGGGAGAGAUCACGACUGGCGAGAUGAAAGCUCGGUGUAUUAGCGAGCUUCAGAAAGUCGUUGGAGAAUUCCAGGAAAGACGCAGCAAGAUCACUGACGAGGUCAUGGCCUCUUACAUGACGGAACGGAAACUCGAGUUCAAGGGCAACCCAACGCCGCUCGAGGUAAAGCCAGUGGCAUCAAAUGAGGCCGCCAACGGCGAAGCGACGGGACCACGAGAAGACGGUAGAGGUACCAAGAGCGAGCAAGAAGUCGUGAUUGGCAAGGACGGUGCCAAACUGGAGCUUCAGAACUUGUGGCUGUACUAA